UCUGCAACACCACUUGGGAUGGUUUAUCCUGCUGGCCGCCAACGAGUGCUGGUACAUCAGCUGUUAUACAUUGUAUGGAAUAUUUGAAUAGGGUACCUUAUGACACGACACAAAAUGCCACCCGUGAAUGCUACGACAACGGAACUUGGGCUCUACGCUCUGAUUACUCUAAAUGCAGACCCCUCUACCAAAACGAUGAAUCUUUCGAGGUGCUGUGGGAUGUAAAAGAUGCUCAUACCAUAUAUUCGAUUGGAUAUGGACUUUCUCUAAUUGCACUGGCUAUCGCCUUGUGGAUAUUUCUUUAUUUCAGUGAUCUUCGAUGCCUACGAAAUACUAUCCAUACGAAUCUGCUUGUGACAUACCUCUUCAUAGAUCUCACUUGGAUCAUCACUGCAGUUCUUCAGUCUAGUUCAUCCACUGAAGCCAAUAAGGUUGCAUGUUUUCUAGUCAUCUUGCUGACUUAUCUGAUGGGCACAAAUUUCUUUUGGAUGUUCGUUGAAGGCAUGUAUUUGUACAUCCUCGUUGUGAAGACAUUUUCGGUAGAAACAGUAAAGAUGCAUGUCUAUGCCGUAAUCGGAUGGGGUCUUCCAGCCGUUGUGGUUUUAUGCUGGGCGAUCGUAAAAGCUCAAUACGGACAAAUUGCUAUUGACCCUGCAAAAGCUCAAUUUGAACAGACAAGCGAUUUUCCACUUUACGUGUGUCCUUGGCAGAGCAGAGACAGUUACGAUUACAUCUUUAUGUGCCCUGUAAUUUUAGUCUUGCUCCUCAAUAUCUAUUUCCUUGGAAGAAUUAUGUGGGUGCUCAUUACGAAACUCAGAGCAGCUACGAGUGCAGAGUCGAAGCAAUACAGGAAAGCAGCUAAAGCUUUGCUGGUUCUGAUUCCUCUCCUCGGUGUUACGUAUGUAGUUUUCAUUGUGACACCAACACACCGAACGGCCAGAGUUAUCUUUUCCUACAUCCAAGCCGCCCUACUCUCAACACAGGGUUUUACAGUAGCGGUCCUGUAUUGCUUUCUCAACGGCGAGGUACGUAAAUCUGUUCGACAUCAUCUUGAACAGUGGAAAGACCAAAGAGGUCUUGGUAGUAACAGGAGACAAAUGCGUAUCGAUGGAUCCAGAAGUACAGAUGGGGGAUUUCGUCUUUAUGCAAACAGAGGUGUGCGUGACAGAACCAGCUGCAUUAGUUUGUCGACCAGCGGAACAUGGGUGGGCAGUUACCCCAAAUCUGUUCAACCUACAGGACAAAGACCAAGUAACGGUUCAUACAGUCAAAUUCCUGUACGAGAUGAUGCCAUAUGAAUACCACAUCAUAUAAGAAGAUGUUCUAAUCUACAGAUAUUUAAACUUCGAUAUCUAUCAGUGUAAACUUGUUAAGUGUGUUUGUUACGUACUAAUGUCAAAUGGCAUGUUCAAGUCAUUUUUACCAUCAUAUGAUUGGAGAACAAGAACUGUAGCAUUCCCGGGGUUAAUUUUUUGUAUGCUCGCUAUGUAAAUUAUAAUUGUUGACACAAACAGAAUUUUCCUUUCAUUUCAAAUACAAGAAAGUUUACGAAAGUAGAAAAUGUGUAUCAAAUUGACGCAAUAAACAAAAUGUGCUUCUGAUUUAAAUACUGUGAGCUAUACUUCGAUUUAGGACGCAAAAACCAUUGAAAACUAGAUCAACAGGCUUAUAACGACUUCAUUACUGUUUAAAGUAAUUGAAAACCAUUUAAGAUGGCACUUCAUUGUCCAAUUUUUAGGAAAAUAGAUUUUAAAAAGCUAAAUUAUAAUAUUUUAUAUAAUUUUUCAUUUUUCGUCUUAUACAUUGACGUUUUUAUUCUAAAGUUUUAAAAGCUUAUUUCUAUACUCAAGACUCUAGACUUUCAAAUCAGAAAAGUCAGUGAAGACAGCAUAUUAAAUGUAUAUCUUUUAUAAAUUAUUUAACCCUCAUUUGACAGUUUUAUAAUAGUUAAUAGUAACCUUCAUUUGAUAGUCAUAUAAUUUUUCUGUGCUUAAAGAAAAUUUGAAAUGUACAAGAAGGUGUAUAGAAAGUUGCUUUUAGAUUAUAUAAAAAUUAGGUAAUACUUAAUUAAAAUUAAGGUAAUAUCUUAAUUACCUGAAGUCAAAGCAAAAAGAAAUUACAGUGUUUAUUACGUUAAAUACUUUAUAAAUUGAUAGCCCCUACUUUCUGUCAAACUUCCGUCAAAGUGAAUUAUAUCUGUGGCUAAUAAUAUACAAAACCUUACCAUACAUAUGUAUACUACUAUGUAUACUAGCAGUGAAUAAGAAUCUUUAAAUCUAUAUUUAAAUUUUAAACUAUCUGAAAUAUGUAUAUUGAUAGACAUUUUCUUUUCUAUUAAUAUAAAAUUAGUACUUAAUUUUACCACUAGUUUUCUCAAGCAAAUGAAAAUAAUUUACAUUACACUACCUGGAGUAUUUUUCGAUUUAAUAAUUUUGAUGAUAUGUUUUAACAAUAUUUAUUAAAAAUAAUUAAAAUUUAAGGGAAUUUGCGUGUAAUGCAUUUCAGGAACAUUUAAUAUAUUAAGAAGAUUCGUAUGCCGAUUGUUUUCUGCAUACACUUUUAACAGCUUAGUAAUUAAAUAAUGCAGGAGACUUAUACUUGUAUAUAAGUAAAUUUAUGUUAUGCGUUAGUGGAACAUAAAUAUUAUCAUAAAUGUUGUGCUGUUUUGUGGACUAUAAAUACUGUCAUUCUUAGAUGUGAAACUUUCUCAAAUAUUGCUCAGAAGAAUAAUCUUGCCAUAAGAUUCAAUACCCGUCGGGUCUACAAAACAGUGCAAAGUACUUUUAAUAAUUUGACUGACCUGGAAAUAAUUCUCGAUUUAUAAAGUGAAAUUUUCCUUUAGCUGUGUAAUUUUGAAAGAAGAUAGAAAACUGUCAUGAAAAAUGUACUUGGUGCCUAAUAUAUUUGCCAAAAUGACUUUUGACUCAGAUGUCAAAAGUCGUUAUCGAUUUUUGACAAAUCUAUAAUUUUCACAUACAAAAGGCGAACCAUUAACUGGAGAAUACUUUUAAUGCUGACGCGCUUCUCUUCGGACAUGAUAAUAUUUUUAUGUAAAGAAUUCAAGAACUUUUAAUACACUAAGUGAGACUGUAAGGAAGGGCUCUUAGAAGCUUUUAUGGUUCAGUAUUUCAUCGCCCAAAUUUCCAUAUCCUCAAGUAUUUGGAAUCCAAAGAUUUUGCUGAAUAUCUUUUUGCUACCAAACGAACUUACUAAGAGUGUGCAGUAAAAAACUCUUCUAGUUUUGAAAUUUAAAUGGAAGCAUUUCAUAAAUUCAUUUUAUUUCUUACUGCUUAAUAAAUAUUUUGUAAGUAUACAAAGCCCAAUACUUAUUUUAUGAAGUACUGAAGAAUGGAAUUUUUACAUGUUAACAUAUAUGAGAGUUGAGCAGAUUUUUUCAUUUAUCAUUUAAGUCAUCUCCUUAUUUACCACAGUAUUUGUCUUUUUAAGUGGCGUAAAAUCGUUAAAAUUACUAUAUGUGUCGUCUGAAAGAAAUUGUGACUAAAUGUAGUGGUGUUAUGAUAUUUUGCAUGCUGUAUUUUCUAACUAAAAGCUUGUAUUUAAACUAAACUCGUCGUUUUCAAGUAAUUUUAAUUUAUUCGGUCAGAAAUGGUUUUCAAACUGAUUAUUCGCAUAUAUGUUUUAUUCAUUAUUUUUAAAACUAAGGUCUUAAACAUAUUUCUGCUUUUAUAAUAUCGGUUAAUAAAUGUAAUAGUAAGGCUUUUAUUCAUGUUUUAUCAUUUAGUAACUCCUAGUGAAUUAAAAUUUGGUUCUCUCUAAAAUCGAGUUAAAGAGUUUUUAAAUCAAGAUCUCGAAUUCCUACAAGCGAUGUGACAUGAAACAUAAAAGGAAACUCAGUCAUUCAGUAUAUAUACUGUUCUAAUUUUAGAAGAUUCUUAUAUUUUGGAAGAUUUUUCUUCAUAAUAUUAUGCUUAAGAAAGUUAAGCGCAUUUUCAAUUACCAAUAUUAUUAUAUCAUGUAAAACUGCUGCCAUUCGAAUUACCUUUAUCUUAAAUACUGUUAUAAGUACUUAAUGCAACAUAAUACGAAAUUUAAUGUUAAUAAUAAAAAGACGCAAAAAAAGUUUUGUAAGCCAUCUUACUAGGAAAACUGAAUUGUUGAUAUGACAAAUUGAAAAAAAGACUGAAAAAAAAUAGAUAAAUGUAUGCUAGCAUUUAGCAUUGCCUCGGAUAUUCUAAACAAAUGCUGCUGUGCUGCUUUUACAAUUUUUGUAAAAUCUGAAUUGUAUAUAGCGUAAGUACGAAGAAAAUGGUGCUUUAUAGUAAAGGUAGCAGGAGCGAGUGCAACAGCAGACUGGUUAGACUGCUACCUCAGCGAGAGCGUAAAAAAAAAUUGACAAAUUCUUUUGGGUGAUCGUUAAAAAUUAAGGCUGUAAUUAAAAUAAUUAAGAUGUAAAAUUGUUAUUUUGCAGCAAAAUGUAUUAAAAUGGACCCAUUAUAAGUCCAUUUUAAUACAUUUUCUUCUAGAAAUUUUCAUAUAUUUAACAUUUUCUCUAAGUAGACUGAAAAAUAUUUGCAUAAAGAAAGGGCUAAUGUGAACUGUAAAUUGACAUACUAUGAUAACCAUUUAGCUUCAAAGAUAAAACUUUUAAAUGAAGAAAAUUCAUAUUAUAUUAUUGUAAACUGAUAAUUUAACUAUGCUAUCUAACCAUAUAUAUCUAAAUACAAUGAAAACAUUUUUGUCUUAUCCGCUUCUCCCAAAUAUUUGACACAUUUAAAGAAAUUAAAUUUCGAAUUCCACUACUUCUGCUGCGCGUUAAGAAUAUUUAUUUAACUAGGUCAUAUUUAUUUGUUCGCGUUAUUUUGUUUUAUACGUAAAUAUUUAAACUGCUAUAAUGCUGCUGCUGCAGUAAUGUUGUUAUAAAAUAAUCUCGCAAAUCUUAACUAUUUGUAGAAUACUCUUUGAAUUAAUACUUUUCGAGUCUUAAUACUUUAAUAGAUAACAGAAAUUUCAUGCUUACAUUUAAUUUAUUAUUUCACAUUUUCACUGGAAGUUAUCAUUAUAUUGAAUGCUCAUGAACUGAUGUUUACUUUAUUUAAUUAACCAAAAACUUAUAGCAAUACAUAUAAACUCUAAUUUAUAAUAAGAAUCGAAAAAUAAAUUUUACAAACUACCAUUUGUUAGAAAUAUAUAUAUAUAUCAAAAUGAGACAUAUAAAAAUAAAUCUCUCUGUAAAUAAUAUUACAUUUAUGCAAGUGAAAAAUGUGCACCUAAUGAAGUAAACUGCUUAAAAAAAAGCUUUUUACACCCUCCUGUGGCAGAUCGUGCAAUUAAAUGCUAUUUCGGAUGCUACGAUUUUUAAUAAAUAGCGAUUUUCUUUACAGCUUGUGAAAAUAAAUGUGUAUUUUUUAAAAACGUACACAGCGCAAAAAACAAAUGGGACAGUUCUAUAUCUCCCGUUCUACUGGGACGAUUGACGAAAUUCAAAUUGCGUUUUUCAUGUCUAGAAAGCG